AUGGGCUGCUCACCAAGCACAUUGAUGUCCUCCACUAGUCACGAGGAUGAAGAUGAGGAGGCGCAUGAAGCCGUAGACACACAUUUGAGCAGUGCUGGCACUGCUCUUGCUGCAACUAGUGGUGGUGGUGGUGGUGGUGGCGUUGGUGGCGCUGGUGGUGGUGGUGGUGGUGGUGACGAGAAGGGUAGUAGCCUCUUCUUUUGCAUAAAACUGCGUCGUUCGCGUCCACUACGUCGGUGCAGUCAGCAAAAUGGCGGCGGUGAUGGUAGUGCGGGCAGUGCCGGCACUGGUAGUGGCAUCAAUGGUGACGAUCUGCUCGGACAUGGUACUAUGUGUAAUCAGGCAUUACUCAACCCGUCGCAAACCAAAAACGAGGCGGACUAUGAUAAGAUGAAUACGUCCACGAGGAUGAACACGAAUAUUAAGACCAAGACGAAGAAAAACACGAAUACGAACACGAAUAUUAAUAUGAAUAAGACAAACAGGAAUGCGAACAUAAAUAUGAUGACGAAUAUGACGUUGAAUACGACGACGAAAACGAAUUCAAAGGAUAGUACUUUAUACGAAUAUGAAGACGAGUUACAAGAAAAAUACGAAGACGAAUACAAAUAA